AUGCUGACGCUGACAGGCGCUGAAGUCACAACGGACGCCCUGUGCUUCCCCCUCGUCCUGCACCCCGGCCCUCACGGCCAGUCAAAGGAACGAAAACAGAACCCCCCGAACACAGCGGGCGCAACAACGGGUCAGACACCCGUACGCUGCCACAAGAUCCACAACCAAACGGGCGCCGGGGAUGCACCUUUGAAGUUGUUGCGAGACGCCUACCACCCCGACCCUCGUCACGUCGCAUCGCCAACAGGAAGAAAGGAAAGAAGAAAGGCAGGCGGGACCGUCGGUCAAGACUGGGAUUCGUUCCUUGGAGAACCCCUUUCCCCCAAGUCGAGCGCCAGCCUCGGCUCGUUUUAUUCAUUGCGACUGCCAGCCAGAGUGUCACGAACCGCAGUCACCGCCAGAAAUCCGUGCCUUCUGGGCUUCAACUCGCUCACCAUGUCUGGACGUAGCGCUCACGUGCGCAAGAAGAUCAACACGGAGGCCACGAAGGACGGCAAGUCAGCAUCGCGGAGUCGAGCCAAGUCGGCCGCCAGCCACGACCGCGACGAUGUCACCAUUUCCGACUUUCCCAUGCCCGGGAAUUCCCUUCCUGUUGGCACCGGUGUCGGCACGACCAAUGCGCGGUUCCUGAAAUUCUCAGAGCCGGCGCGGGACAUGGACCACGGCUCGGACUUCCGCAACGUCAGCACAAUGAGCAUCAGCAGCGGCGGUAGCGGAGCCAGCGCCGAGCGGAGAGACCAGCAUGACUACGGCUAUCGGGGCCCGAGGAGGCCCAAUCUCAAGACGGAAGACGUUUCUGGCAUCGAGAAGUCGGGAUUUCGAAAUAUCCUCGAUAAGAAGAGCGACGACGUGAGGAAAGGGCUCGCUAAGACGUUUACGUUCAGGCGGAAGGAUAAGGAGGAAAGGCGCGGCAGCGUAGACCAAUCUUCCGAGCAUCGGCCCAACUCGGUCGCGACGGUGCGACCACAGGCCUACAGGGGCAACAACGAAAUCGGAACCCACGCUUGUACAAGGCUUUUUUCGGAGAGGGGGCCUUUUAUGCCCCCGGGCCGGGGGCAACGACAACAGCAGCAGCAGCAGGAAGACCUCUGUCUCAAGGAACAGCCGGCCCCCGGGGAAGGGCCCUUGGCGGCAAUGGCCCCCCCCCCCAAACCAGAAGGCUGGCCGCCCAUUUCCACCGCCACCGGAUGGCCCCCGCUUAUCAGGGCGCUGAAUCGGCGGCGAAAGGCCCGUUACCAGCGUUGA